UAAUCCCAGCUACUCAGGAAGCUGAGGCGGGAGGAUCGCUUGAGCCCAGGACUUCGAGACUGCAGUGAGCUGUGAUAGCGCUGCUGCACUCAGCCCUGGGCGACAGAGCGAGACCCUGUCUCUAACAGAAAACAAACACAACUCUUGUUCAUUAAGCACUUCCUGUGUGGUGGGCCCUAUAGAUACGUGCCAUCUCCUUGACAGAGGUGGUAAGAAGUAUUUUUUUACGGUCCCCAUUUUACAGAUGAGGAAACUGAGGCCCUGAGAAUUGACUCAUUCAGAUCACUUCCCGUGAUCGCGCAGCUGCAGUUUCCAAUACAGAAUUCAAAUUUGGGAUUCCCUACUUCCAAUCCAGGUCUCUGUGCUCCACACUUGUCUUUCGUGCUCCAUGUUUGAAGAAAUUAGUAUUGUGGAAGAACAGUUUUAAGGCUCAGAGGAGCUUGAGUUAGGAUCCGUACUUGGCAGAUGAGGAAAUUGAUUCUCAUGGAUGUAAAUUCACUGUUUGAGGCCACAACAGGCAAGGCAUCAUGGUGGGAGGCUUGAAGAGGAAACACUCUGAUUUGGAAGAGGAGGAGGAGAGGUGGGAGUGGAGUCCAGCAGGCCUUCAGAGCUACCAGCAAGCCCUGCUCCGCAUCUCCCUAGACAAAGUCCAGCACAGCCUGGGCGCCCGAGCACCCAGCCUCCGCAGGCAUGUCCUCAUCCAUAACACCCUCCAACAGCUGCAGGCUGCACUUCGCCUGGCUCCCACCCCUGCCCUGCCCCCUGAGCCCCUCUUCCUGGGCGAGGAGGAUUUCUCCCUGUCAGCCACCAUUGGCUGUAUCCUCAGGGAGCUGGACACCUCCAUGGAUGGGACUGAGCCCCCUCAGAAUCCAGUGGCUCCCCUCAGCCUCCAGAAUGAAGUGCCACCCCAGCCUGAUCCAGUCUUCUUAGAAGCUCUGAGCUCCCGGUACUUGGGGGACUCUGGCCUGGAUGACUUCUUUCUGGACAUUGACACAUCUGCGGUAGAAAAGGAGCCUGCACGGGCCCCACCAGAGCCUCCUCACAACCUCUUCUGUGCCCCAGGUUCCUGGGAGUGGAAUGAACUGGAUCACAUCAUGGAAAUCAUUCUGGGGUCCUAAAACUGUGAUAGAGGGGAUCCUUCCUCAUGUCAUCUUUGGUGGCCUGGAUCUCUGAAUGCAACUCUGGGUGUGUGUUUUUGUGGGGGCUCUAAGCAGUGACUAUGGCCUCCUUUGUUCCCAUUUCAGGGUUCCACAAACUGUCUUGCAUGUGUGUGUGUGUCUGGUUACCCCGACCUUCUGUGAAGGUGGGUCUUCCUGAAUUAAUUUAUCUAUUCCAAAUGCCUUAACGAGACUCUGUUUCUGGGAGUCUGAUUUUCCACUUACACAUUUCUUCCACCUUUCCUGCUAGUUCCCACUCCCCUGUGACCACUGGGGCCUCAGGGAAGAUAAAGAAAGCUGGGCCUGUUGAAGGAUGACAGGGAUGUGCUGCCAGGUUGCUAUGGAAACCCAGGCUCUGCCUCUUGCACCUUGAGGGGGUGGGAGGGGCUGGUCUCCUCCCUCCAGGCUGAACCCCACUUCCUCGGCAGGACCCCAGUCUCAGCAGCCUUCUGAUUUCAUAACCAGGCCGGACCACGUGCAAUAGGGUGGAAACCAAACUGCUCCAUGCCGCGUUAUUUAAAAGAAUGGCAGAGUUUGUGGUGGCUUUUUUUUUUUUUUUGGAUUGUUUGUAAUUUUUUUUUUAAUAAAAGUAUUUUGGAAGGAG